GGUGGGUUGUUGGCACUUGGCAAGGUGGACUGUGGCUGCGAGGUUGCCCCUGGAGCAGUUCUUCCGCUCUGGCCCUGGCUGCGAGUUGAGUGGGAGACGCGGUGUCUAUGGCGCUGAUGUUCGAGGCUUUGCGGCUGGUGGUUGGCCUUUUGUUCAUGUUUACUGGGGCGUUGAAGCUGACGGAUCAGGUCUCCGCCGAUCUGUACGUCGAGGGGCUGGAGGAGUUUGUGAAGUUUGCAGAGGUCUUCCCGUUGAGGAAGUUGGGGGUGGAUGUCGACCCUCUGGUUUUCAUGACAGUCGUGGGCUGGUGCGAAUUGAUCGGAGGCUUGCUGCUGGCAGUGGGGCCCAGAAUCGUGCAGAAAAUCAGUAACGUUGUCCUCUCAGUCAUUAUGAUUGGUGCCAUCUAUUCUCUGCUGAUGCUGAAGAAACCCCUUUACAUGUGUCUACCAGCUACCAUCUGUCUUGCCAUAUUACUCCUGCUUCUGCAGGUCUGGAGAAAAGAGAGAAAGAAACAGAAGGAAGAAUAAUGACCCUCAGUCCGAGGGUGUUGUGCAUCAUUUUGGGUUCUACGUAGUAAUUGAAAUAUUUGUUAAAAUUGGAAAUGAUGUAAAACAUGCCAACUGAAAGGAAUUAAUGCCAUGCUUUGAUAAAACUUCCAUGAACAAGCCGGUGGGAAUGACGGAAUGCUGAUUAUUAAGUACAUAUUACAUUCAUAA